AUGGCCGACACGGACAACCUGAGGACAGCAUCGCUGUACAUCAACAACCAGCUUCUUUCGAGAGGACUGCUUCGCGAUGGCUCGACCAUCGACUUUGCAGACCCAAUGAGCGGCGGAGACUUGAGCGACACGAUGAGCAGGAUAAUGGGAGUAGUCAACGACCUAAUCCUGCGGAGAGAUCGAGAUGCCGAACACCGCGAGGCCCUCUCGCAAACCCUCCGAACCCUGCGCGCCGAGAACCUCCACCAGACAAACCACCUCCAGCGCGAGUGCGACGCGCACGCCGACGCGCAACGGCGGCUGCAGACGGCCGAAGCAGCAAGCCAGGCCCAGCGCGCCCAGCUGUCGCAGGCCGAGUCCACCAUCCACAAGCUCAAGGACGAUGCGGCGCGGACAAAGGCCCUCGUGGCCCAGACGCGCGGGGCCUGCGCCAACGAGGUGCGCAAGCGGGAUAGGCAGAUCGAAGCGCUCAAGAAGGCCGUGCUCGAUGCCGGGAGGGCGCGUGGGGAGCGCAGGGGGACAGCCGUCACGAGCAUCACGGUCACGGGCGAGAUGGGUGGUGAUGGUAACGAGGGGCAGGCCGCUGCGGGGCUGGAGCAGGGCGCUACGGCCUGUGAUGACUAUGAUCUCCGCCAGGAGUCGAACUCGUUCCUGGCCGAGCUUGCAAAGGGGCUGAGUGCAGAUAACGAGGCCCUGAUGGCUCUGGUCAGGCGGGUGGAGUCGAACCUCAAGGAUAUGAGCGGGUACGAGGGGACACCGACUGCGGAGUCCAACAACGCUCAAGCUUCACUGCUCCCGGGAGCAGUGGAGGACCUGGAGACUGAGCUCGAGGCGGUGCUCCAGCAUCUUCGCACAAUCCUCACAAACCCCUCUUUUGUUCCCAUAGAGGAGGUUAUGGUGCGUGACGAAGAGAUCCACAGGUUACGAGAAGGCUGGGAGAAGAUGGAGACGAGGUGGAAGGAGGCAGUACACCUGAUUGACGGCUGGCGUCGUAGGAUGGCGUCGAGCGGGAAAUCGGUCAACAUGGAGGAACUCAAGAUGGGUCUGCGUUUGAGUCCAGUGCGCGUACGACAUGUUGCCGAGACGGCCCAGGGUCUCGGCUUGCGUGUCGCGCCCAUCAACUUCAACCUGAGAUCGGUUCAAGAAGAGGAGGAAGACGACGAGGAAUUGAAGGAGGAGCAGCGUGAGGAGAAGUCCAGUGCCCACAUGAUCCCGAGCCCGGCAGAGUCACUACACCUCGUCCCGGCGCCUGGCUAUGAGGACCUAGCCGAGGACGAUGACAACGAUGACUCCGACUCCGACUCCGAGUCUAGCAUCUUUGAAGACGAGGUCGACAUCCACGACUUGGACGUUUCGGAGCCUAACGUGCAGAUCCUGGAGCAGUCGAUGAUGAUGGAGACCCUCGAUUCGUCCCCAUUACCCGAGCCACCCCAGCUCAGCCCCCUAAAAGACUCGGAAACGGCAGGCAACAGACGCCGUCCAGAGCCCUCACGUUCCCGCAAGCGACCAGGAGAUUUCUCGGCGAUUACGGAGGAAAACACAUACGAUCCGGCCUCUGCCGUGGAGGAGGCGCCCCCUAAACCUCCAGCACGCGUGGCCAAGAAGGCCGAGCCAAGACAGCGCCAGACGGCUGCGGCGACUCGUCCAAAGCCGCAAGAAAUGCCCUCUAGACCCAACUCGGCUGCGUCCUAUGCGUCGACCACCUCCACAACGACCGAGAAGAGCAUCAAGCUCGUCAAGUCGGAUGCGUCGGCCCCGACCUCGGGCACAAAGGCCGCACAGCCUCCACCGGCGAAGAAGCGCAACACAGCAAAGACUGCCGAGCAGCAGCAGCAGCAGCAGCAGCAGCCCUCGUCGAGGAGACCGACGCGGCCAGCAACAAGCAUGGCGACGACCAGACCCACCAGAGCGGCGGCAGCAGCAGCAGCAGCCAGCAGGGCCGUGACCAGCAACAGGGAGACGAAAACACAUGCUCCUAGCAAAAGCCUCCCGGAGCAGCAAAUACAAGAAACCACCACCUCGACCCAGCCCAAGCGAGGCGCCGGUGCCAAAGAGAUGCCCCCACCACCGGUGCCCACCCGCGCGACCAGGCAGACCGCAGCGACGCCAUCCAAGAUGGCCAUAGUGGUCCCGCCACCCUCCUCAUCCCGCCUCCCCCUACCCCGCACAGCCAACGCCAACGGCGUGCCGCAGAGCCCGCUGACCAUGGCAACCAUACAGGCCAAGCUCGCCGCCUCGGAGCGGGAAGCCGACGCCGCCAGGGUGCGCGCCAAGCUCAAGGCCGCACGCCUCGGACGCGGUGGUCUCGGCGCCGCCGCCGCCGCAGCAGCAGCAGCAGGCACAGCCCCGGCGUCGCGGACGGCCUCGAACGGGACCACCAAGUCGGCAGACGACAGCGAGCAGGGUGGGGCCAGCGUCAGGAGUAUAGACAGCGGCGUAGAGCCGGUCAGGAGGAUGGCGGCGGGAGGGGCGCGCUCGCCAUUGCCGGAGCUGGCCGUCUCGGGCGGCAGCGAGGACAAGGGGAGCAGCACGGGAUCCACGGUGCGUGCCGUCGUGGAUAAGCCGCAGGACCUGAGCCCGCGGAAGCGCGGCAGGCGGGCCGAGAAGGUCGCCUCCCGGCGGCGGAGCACGCUCAACGCCUGGGAGCUCAAGACGCUGAUUUCGGGUGAGGUUGCAGUGUCGCCGUCCCGAGGGAGCUGA